AUGUCAUUUGAAAUACACAGCAAAACAUUUCCUGAAUAUAAAUAUCAUCGACAUUCUGGUUUAUUAAUUCAUAGUUUAAAACCUCUGGUGCUCCAUGCUUUUAGGUUUGCUGUGAUCAAACAAUACUUACCCAUGGUUGAUCAAGCUGGUUUGGAUAUAUGGACCUUGGAAUCUGAGAUUCAUCUUUUUCACGCGAUAUUGAAUCAUAAACCUGUUGGCGCAGAUCGUCACUUUCAGAUGAUAUAUGUAUCCAAUCUUGUAAACUCCUUUCUGAGUGAUACAAUUAGUACAGAUGACAUUUGGAAAAAACUAGGAUCAUUAUAUAAUAUGGAAGAGCUGCAUGACUCCGAAAUUAAUCCGUUUCAAGCAAAGAUGAAAGAAUUCAACCUUCCAGAGGAGUAUGACUCUUUAAAAUCUCUAAAGUAUCCUCGUGUUGCGUCACAAAGUGGCAUAUCUGUUCCUCGAUCACCUCGCACUGAUUCCUCUGGUCAAAAACGAACGAGAAAGUCUUUGCGAUCAGUCGACUCAAACUCAGCUGCCAGCAACGUAGUCCCUUCAACUAACUCAUCGGUUAAUACAACCGUUAGUUCUGUCACUUCACGAGAAAAACGACGGUGA